GAGUGUAUCAUUGACGAAGACUGUGAAACAGGGAAAUAUUGCCAGUUCUCCACCUUUGAAUACAAGUGUCAGCUCUGUAAAACCCAGCGUACACAUUGCUCACGGGAUGUUGAAUGCUGUGGAGACCAGCUUUGCGUUUGGGGCGAGUGCAGGAAAUCCACUUCAAAAGGAGAGAACGGCACCAUUUGUGAGAACCAACACGACUGCAACCCUGGAAUGUGCUGUGCUUUUCAGAAAGAACUACUGUUUCCUGUGUGCACUCCAUUACCUGAAGAAGGUGAACCCUGCCAUGAUCCUUCAAACAGACUGCUCAACCUGAUCACCUGGGAACUGGAACCUGAUGGAGUACUUGAGCGAUGCCCAUGUGCAAGUGGCUUGAUCUGCCAACCUCAGAGCCACAGCACUACAUCUGUGUGUGAACUGUCUGCCAAUGAAACCAGGAAUAAUGAAAAAGAAGAUCCUUUAAUCAUAGAUGAGAUGCCCUUUCUCAGCUUGAUACCCAGAGAUAUUCUUUCUGAUUAUGAAGAAAGCAGUGUCAUUCAGGAAGUACGUAAAGAAUUAGAAAGUCUGGAGGACCAAGCAGGUUUGAAGCCUGAGCCUGACUCGGCUCAAGACCUGUUUCUGGGAGAUGAAAUUUAAAGUUCAAACACCAGACAGUUUCGUUAGUUAUUUCUAGAAAUUUUUGUCUAGUGUCUUGCUUAUAUAAACCCUAAACACAUACUGCUGGAUAGAAGUGCAAUAAACAAGGUCUUCAAUGGGCAUCCUUUUCUGUGCACCAAACCUGCAUGUGCAAAUUAUUG